ACCUUUUGGCGAGCAAUGCAGCGGCCUGGUAUGCGCAUCCACGCUGGAUCGCAUUUGCCCCAAUCAGGCGCCUUGGAAUAUGUCGGGGCGCUAGCGAGAUCGCAGCAACGCUUUCCAUCGGGCCUGGCGAACACCCUCCCCAGGGCCCUGCAACAGCCACCGGCUGGAAGUUGCAUGCACCUGAAACACAUUUGCUGUGCCAAAGACGAUUGGCGCCUUAUGCACGAGGUGGAAAGGGAGAUCCAGGCUGCCAGCUACAAGAAGGAGGGUGAUGCCUUGGGCUUUCACCGGAGCAAGAAGCACAAAGUUGCUUAUGGUGAAGCGCUGUCAGAGGCGCCUGCGUUCGUUAGCCUGGUGAAACAUGCCCUGGCCGUAUUUGAUCUUACACUGGUGGACUGCUGGGCCAAUUUGUACAGCGGCGAGGAUGACAUGAAGUCCAUGCACCAUGACAACUAUCAGGAUCGGCAUCCUAGAGCUACUGCCACGAUCGGGAUCAGUUUGGGCCAAGGACGACAUUUCGCCUUCCAGAACCCUGUGAACCAUGAAGAGCACCAGGUUGUGACUGAAAACGGUGACAUUUUUGCCUUCGAUGAGCCCUUUAACAAUCUCUUCAAACAUGCCGUGCCUCCAGAAGCUCCGGGAACUGCCCCCGGCAAAUGCAUUGCGGUGAUCAUUUGGGCCAACGAGCAGGACUGCAUCCCGCGCAUGGUGAGGGAGAAGAACCCGGGCAUGCGUGACAUCGUACCCCUGAAAGUUGACUGGGAGAGUUGGGGCAAAUGUGUCCCUGGUUCUUUGUCGCGACAUGAUCGAGCAGGCCGUGCCGACCUUGAAGCGGAGCAUCUGGCGGACUACCUGCAGCAUCUGGGUCGGAACCCGGUGGACAUCGUCGAUCCAGUGCCUGCUACAGUCCCAGAAGAGCGGGGAGGUUAUGUGGAACGCCCCGGGAAACUCCAAAGCUUCUAUCAUCGACCAAGGAGCUGCGUGGCCAAAGCCAAACUGAGCCAGGCCCCUUUGUCCAUGUACACGCAGUUCAGCCGAGCUAAAGCGACACCCUUGCCUGCUGUUUGACCAGCAUGGCGAGUUAAGCAUUAAGUAGGCCUAUGUAGAUAGUAGUAGUGAGCUGCAUCGCUCAGACUCACACAAAAGAUAACACGUGGCCCCAAUGCUACAAGCAUUGGGUAUGCCGAAGACAGAGUCACUAGAUGUUGGCAGCAUGUACAGAUCUACAAGUGGGCACCCUGCGACGAAGGGUGCGACUAGCUGUGAGCUGAUGCUCUGCUAUUGAUUUUGGUGCUGGGCAGUGCAGAGCAUCAUUGCAAUUCCCUUUUUGGGUUCAUCACAGAAGGGUCCUUGUUCCAGUGCCAAUGCUCUGCAUAAACAGCAAUACACCUGCUACUUCAGUAGUUCUCCCAAGUGCCAACGCUUCAUCACUG